AUGAUUUUUGACAAAGUGGCGCGAGAGAGUCUGUCAUCGAUGAGUCUGCUUGCCCUGGGACAACAUUUCCAGCAGGGCAUGCAACAGCACGAGCGACAGCAACAACAGCAUUACCUCGCCGCGCCGUCAUCAUGCACGACCACUCGUUCCACCAACUGGGAUCCAAGCGAACAUUUUGGCUCAUUGAAGGUUUGCUCUUAUGAGGUAUACACUUUUCCUGCCGCCGUUUCCUGCAUUCAAAUUUUGGUUCGCACUUGUUUUAUUGUGCUUUUUAGGUUUGAGCAGCCUGCGGAUAACCCUAUACGGCCUCAUUAG